AUGAUUUCCUGCCACGCUGACGGCUACGGUUACUACCCCAGUCCGACGCCGACGCCGACGCCGACGCCGACGCCGACCCCGAGCGGCGCCGGCCUGGCCGUUGGCUUCUACAGCUACGCGUGCCCCAGCGCCGAAGCCAUCGUGAGGGGCGUCGUGACCAAGGCGGUGCAGCAGAACCCUGGCGUCGGGGCAGGCCUCAUCCGAAUGCUCUUCCACGACUGCUUCUUCCAGCAUCUCCAAGUGUUUGUUUGGUAA